CAUAAGGAACAGCUUGGCAAUAUAGAUCCCGGUAAUCCAAACUGGCAAUUUCUAACAAUGAUCCGUGAUUACCAGUCGCAGAUUGACUUUCGGCCAUUGAAAAUUUCGGAUCAAGUGACUGACCACCAGAUCUGUGUGUGCGUUCGAAAAAGACCACUUAACAGAAAAGAAAUUAUGAAAAAAGAAAUCGAGGUCAUUACGAUACCGAAUAAGGAUCAUUUAAUUGUUCAUCAACCUCAAGUCAAGGUUGACUUGACAAAGUAUUUAGAUAAUCAGAAGUUUCGAUUUGAUUACACGUUUGACGAGAAUACCAGUAACGAAAUGGUUUACAGAUUCACUGCUCAACCACUGGUAAAAACAAUCUUUGAACAAGGUUUUGCCACCUGUUUUGCAUAUGUCUUCGAGGACGGUAAAAAGGAGGUUCAAGUCGUUGGAUUGCAAGAGAUAGUGGUUAAUGACGAAAGUGAUGUAUUGGAUUUAAUUAGAAAAGGAUCUGCACUGCGGACAGCCGGAACAACAUCUGCAAAUCCUAAUUCAUCUAGAUCUCAUGCAGUAUUUCAAAUCAUUCUGCGUCGUAUUUGGGGUAAAUUUUCGUUAAUCGAUUUGGCAGGGAAUGAAAGGGGUGUUGAUACUGUUAAUACAGACAGGCAAACUCGAAUGGAAAGUGCAGAAAUAAAUAAAUCUCUUCUAGCUCUUAAAGAAUGUAUACGGGCCAUGGGUCGAAACUCUGCUCACAUUCCAUUUCGUGCCUCUAAACUUACUUUGGUCCUUCGCGACAGUUUUAUUGGCUCUAAAGCUAAAACUUGCAUGAUUGCGAUGAUUAGUCCCGGAAUGUCUUGUUGUGAACAUACCUUAAACACUUUGCGAUAUGCUGAUAGGGUUAAAGAGCUGGGAGCAGAUGAAAGCUCGAAUGCACCUCUGGAAGAUGAACAUCUUAUGUUGAAAAAUAUUGGUGAAAAUUAUAAUCUCCUGAAGUCCAAAAAUAAUUUGUUAAUCUCUCUUAGUAUACUUGAUUUAAAUUUUAAACCUUCAAUUUUAGAAAAUGCUGAACAUCUGGUCACAGAACUUAACCGUGAGACAGAAAUUAUCAAAAAAAGCUCAAAUCACAACAAGAAGCACGAAAUAUGA